AUGCUUAUCAACAAUUUCGCUAAAUACUCAGGCAAAGGCACUCCAAUGAUUUCUCGGAGAGGCAAGUCUACCAUAUGCCUCUAUGCAUGCUUUAAACACGGUCUGACAGAUAUUGAAAUGGCUGCUACUGGUCUGAAGCCAUCAAUGGACCCUGAGCUGAUAGAAAAAAUUAAAACAAAGGACAAGUAUGCUCACACUUAAGCCAAAGUAUUUAGUUAAAAUAGCAGUGGGAAUAACAGUAAGCUUUAAGAAAUCAGAGAACGCAUAAGGGGAUCAUAGUAAUAUGGUGGGAAUGCUAAUUCUGUGCUGUAGAGUGGCUAUGGAGUGAAUACAGAGCAGUUGUUUAAGUCAGUAAUGAAGAAGCAAAAAGUCACGCAUGAAACAGCUUAGCCCAGUGCAACCGCUACAAUUCAACCAGCGGCUACAGCAGCUGCAACUACUGCAGAGAAUUUAGAGAAAAGUACUCAUGGCUCUCAACCCUAGCAUUAAGCUAGUAGUCAUUUGGAUGAUAUGGAUAACUCCUAGAUGAAUGGGUAUGAGUUCUUGAAAGAUCUUUGUCAUAAUUUGGUUCAUGAAAAGAAAAACGACUAGAGACCACUUUCAUCUGCAUUCAGAGGAAUUUCAAGAGAUAAAAGUUUAAUCUAUAAUGUGAAAAAAGUAGGACCCCAUUGUGGCAGGUACAAGCCUAAUUACUCUUUAGUAGAACAGAGAAUAAGAGUGGCCAAUUUUAAUCUCAAUGUUGCAGAAAAUCCCUAUCAAAAUAUAUUUAACUCAGGAGCAGUCAAAAGCGAAGAACUAGCAAAGCCGAUUUGCGAUAAAUUCAAACUCAAACAAGACAAACUGAAUUAAUCUCUUCUUGAUAAAGAAUAACUUAAUAAAAAAGCAAGCGAGAUGUAAUAGAUUAUAGACAAGAUACUUAAGAAAAAUUCUCCGACUGCAUCUAUGUCAGACAAAAAGAAACUCAUUUAAUCGCUUGAAAAAAUUCCACUGGAAAAGAGAAGAGAAGUUAUAAUCCAGCUUGCUAAGUAAUUACAGCAAAAUGAAAUUAGCAAGCAUGAUUCUGAGAUAUCUUCUAAAAGAAAUUCAAUAAUAGCCAAUGAGACAUUCAUUUAAAAUUUUCAGUCUUAAAACGGCAGUCCACUAAAACAGCAAUCUCGAAUGAAUGUGAUACUCUAGAACUAUAACACCAAUUAAAAUGAUAGAUCAUCAGGCUCAAUUAUCUAAAAUCAAACCUUGAAUUCGUUUCACAAAAGACCUACCACCUAAUAGUCUUAUUCUUAGAUCCUGGAGAAUUAGUCUAUUAAUAAUAAAUCCAAGAGGCCUGGUACAUCAUUCGAUAAUCAAUAAAUAGCUUUGAAGAGAAUUCGAUCUACAAAAUAUUCAGCUGGCUCCAUAGGAUAAGCAAAAACUCGAGCAUCAGCCAAUAACUACUCAAUGAAUAUGACUCGAGAAUCCUUCUUCGAUCAUCUCUAGGGUGCUAAUGAGAACAGAUUUGUGCCCUUCAAUAAUAUGCCAUCCAACUGCACUAAGUAUAAGUUCAAUGAUGUGCAUAAUUUUGAUAAGUAUAUCAGUAGAGAUCAAGGAGCUAAGAGUGACAGAGCUGGCAACUCUGGUAUCAAUCCUUCUAAAAAUGCAUACCUUUAGGACUAUGACUUCAAUUUCAAUUUCAAUAAGCCCAAACUUGACAAAGGAGGUGUAAUAUCAUUUGAAAAACAGAUUGAAAGGCCUCCUAUUUACAUUAAGAAAUGCUAUGAGGGUGCAGCCAAUCAAUUCCAACUAUUAUACAAUACUGAGAAAAAUUAGAACUAAAUAGGCCAUAACAAAUAGCCUGAAGUUAAUGCUGCCUGGGAUAAGUAACUGCCGAGAGAUAAUGCAAUCUAUAAUCUAAGUGAGACUUUAAACCUCAGAGAUUAGGAUUAUGAGAAGAGAGAGGAGUUUAAGAAGCAGAUGAAAAGUAAAAAGGCAAGAAGCUAAAGUCAUAUUGGCGGCAAUAGUAAUUACAAGAAUUAGUAUAGCAGUCUUAAGUGA